AUGUCUGACGUCGAGGAACCAUACAACGAGGCGCCCGAGAACUUCGAGGACUUCGACGCGCCCGACCACUUUUCCGACGACGACUUUGCCGAGCCCGAGCCCGCGGCCCACGGCGAGCCCGACGUGGCCAUGAAGGCCGAGGACGGCAGAACCAUCGUCAACGGCGGCUACAGCGAGGCGGACGCCCAGGUGCGUGUGCGUGCCGCCAAGGCGUUGGCCAUUGCGCGCGACGAGCGCUCCACCACGCCGUACAUGACCAAGUACGAGCGGGCCCGUGUGCUCGGCACGCGCGCGUUGCAGAUCUCGUUGAACGCGCCGGUCUUGGUCGACAUCGAGGGCGAGACGGACCCGUUGCAGAUCGCCAUGAAGGAGUUGGCCCAGCGCAAGAUCCCGUUGGUGCUCAGGCGCUACUUGCCGGACGGCUCCUACGAGGACUGGGGCUGUGACGAGUUGAUCAUCGAGCACUAG